AUGAGAACCUCGGAGAAAGGAAGAGAAAAUGCCCACAAACUCAAAUCCCAGGAAGUCCCCAAGUAUAACAGAAUCUUACCAAAAAAUACGUGUAAUUGUAGCACCAAAACAACGGUAGCUUGUCGGUACAACUUUGAGGACAAUACGCAUCGCUGCUAUUGCAAGGUUGGAUUUGGAGGUUCAAGAUGUGAAAAAGAUCUCAAUCUUGUAGCUCUAUACCCAUUCAACGCUAAGUAUAAAGCAAAACCUGUGCAAAAUGAUGUUCCUCCUGGUGCAGCCAACAACGUUGAAUGCUUAGAAGAUUUCAGUUCUCCAUCUGGAGGKUCCUGCCKGUUCAAAGGUGACCAAAGCAGUUAUAUCCAAAUACCAAAUAAAGAAAACGGAAAGCUCGAUUUCAAGGGAUCUUUCACAGUGCUUGCUUACAUAUACGCUGAGCAAAACGGUCCUCUUUUGAACUACAAUGAGAGAGCCUGGGGWACACAUUGGUGGGUUACUGGGUCAGAUAGUCUCGGUCUUUUUGGUCGUGUUGUCAAUAGAUACACUAUGAAGUUAUUUGAUUUUAGUUUUACCCAAAUCCCUCGUAGCCAGUGGGUAUUUGCUGGUUUUACUUACGAUAGAAAGACAGGCAAUUCUAGUCUGUGGAAAGAUGGGGAUCAAUUUGCAAAAGUGAGUUUAACGCCUUCAGACAUAGCAACUCAGUUUAAUAUUCGCAUUGGAGCUCGUAUUGGUGAUGCUAGGUACUUCAGGGGUAAAAUAGCCUGCUUACACAUGUAUGCAAUGGCGCUCAGUAAGGAGGACGUAGAGCAGGCUUGGUAUACUUGUAAAAGACAGAACUUUGGCUAGAUAUAAUUCUGUGCCAAAAUCAUUGAACCAUUCAAUUGAAUUUCCUCAUUGUUAUAUCAUUGUCUUAUUCCCAUAGAUGCAAUGUUGACAUUGAGCAUAUCAGACGCGUAUCGUCCUUUACGCAUAU